AUGUCCACUGCGGGCGCGAGUUCUACUAUCCCCGGUGAAUUCGGCGCAGACACUCCGCAACUUUAUACAGAACAUGUUCCUGAUCACCUAAGAAGAGCGACCGCUCGCCUCCGCUUCCCUUCCUCCUAUGUUAUUGUCGCGGCGUCAGCCAACCCCGGAUGGCACUCACAGCUGCCCACAGAUGCCACUUUGUUCUUCGUCUCCACCCAAUUGACCGCAAUCAUCACCUACUUCGUAUCUCAUGGCCUCCGCAUUGCUCGUGAGCGGGCAUACGCUCAAACCAUUGAAUCUCGAGGGAAGGGGUCAGACUUUUGGCAACCCUAUGUGGAGGAGUGGGACAAUCCGCCUCAGCCGAGUGGGUUCGGUAUGGGCCAUCUCGUCUCCGGCGUGUUUGGCAGGAUUGCGUUCAAACUGCUCUUGCUGCCAGUGGAGACCGUCCCACUCGUGGGGAUCAUGAUCUCGGCGUGGUUUCGUGCACUGGGUACAUCGCGGUAUCUUCAUAAGACAUCAUCGACGUUCUUUGCUACACAGUACUUCAAAGCGAAGGACAUGACGCAUGAGCAGAUUUCUGUCUUUAUGGAAGAGCGGAAGUGGGAUUACAGAGCAUUUGGGUUCGCUGCCGCCCUUCUAGAGCGCAUUCCACUCUUAGGGCUGGUAUUCUCCGUGUCUAACCGUAUUGGAGCAGCGAUGUGGGCAGUUGAUCUGGAGAAACGCCAGCACUAUGUUGCGGAGAUGAAGAAGACUCGCUCUCAAAUAGCGUUGCAGUGA